UAGGCUGAGAUUGAGUCGAAGGUUGGAAAGUUUUUGUAGUUUUUACAUUUAGACAAAAAGCAUUAUUCAUUCCCUCUGAAAAUUUAUAGUGCUUUUGAAAAGUAGUUUGAUGCUUUUAAGUUUAUGACAACCUGCUGUCUAACUUUACUGCUUCUCCGCGUAUGUGUCCAGUUGUGUCCUGGGUCCAGGCCAAGAGAUGACCUCAGCAGCGGAAGUGGGGGCAAAGAAAGCGAAAGUGUAAACAUAGGCCCAAAACUGAAAAGGCUGUCAGAAGAAUCAACUCUCGGGGCCACUGCGUGUGUCAACCUAUUCCUGGUCUAGUUGUUAUCUGUUACAGUUACAGGUCAGAGUACGCGAUAACGGUGACUGCUCUUUUCAAAGAGCGAAAGCAAGGGCGAUGCAUGAGUGCUCUGCUAAAGCGAGGGAGUGUACUAUAAAAUGUAAGCAUAAUAUUUGAGUGUUGCAGAAUUGAGGACAUUCCAAACUGUGGAGAAGUGCCUGAGACAGCCGGAGACAAAAUGUCGUCAGACAUGGGAGACGAGAAAGUGGUGGUGGAGAAAGAAACUCCUCAGAUGCGACGUAGCUUGUCCCUCUUCCAUGUAGUGGCCUUACUCGUCUCCAUCACAGGACAUGUGGCUAUUUUUAUCACCCCCGGCUCCAUCGUCGAAAUGUCAGGGUCGGUUGUGUCUACACUGGUCAUUUAUGGCAUUGGCACAUUCGUGGUCUACAGUCUCGCGCUUUGUUUUGCUGAACUCGGAACAAUUUUCCAGGGAGCUGGAGGACCAUAUGUCUACUUGGCUCUCACUUUCGGAAAUAUAUACGGAUUUCUUAUUGCAUGGGGCUACAUUGUGCUUAUUUCUGGCCCAUUUGUAGCCUUUGCCUCUCAAACUGCAGCACUGUACAUCAUCCGAGCUAUCUUCCCCAACAUGGACUGUCAGAAUAAAUGGUAUGACUUCAGCAUGGUGCUUCUCUCUGGAUGGAUACUGGUUACUUUAUUUUACAUGAACUGUUUCUACCUGAAAACUUUGCUGCGCAUCCAGAGUAUCUUGACGAUGUGUAAGAUGGUUGCAAUAGGGAUUGUUAUUGGAGCUGGUGUUUACAUAAUUGCCACACAAUCUCCAGAAAACUUUCAGAAGCCACUAGAAGGUUCUGUCACCAAUCCAGGGCACAUCUCUGUAGCUCUCCUUUAUGUCAUCUUUUCUAACGGAGGAUGGCAGGCAGUCACAACUCUCACUGAGGAGGUCAAGAAUCCUGCUCAAACCCUGCCUCGUGCUAUACAGCUGACAUUUGGCAUCAACAUCGUGCUCAUUGUCCUGACGUACAUUGCGUACAUGUCCGUCCUUGACAUGAGUGAAAUUGUGGAGACAAGGGCUAUUGCUAUUCUGUUUUGUCAACGCGUGUGGGAACCCCUGGUUCCUGUCGUGUCUGCUCUUGUGGCCUUGGCUUGUAUCGGAGCCCUCAACACAGGACUCAUGGGACAUUCCAGGGUGCUCUACGCCGCUGCUCGUAAGGGAGACAUGCCAAGUGUCCUGGGAACACUUCAUCCCACCAGCCGCACGCCCAUGGUGGCUGUCUUCGCCAUUACGACCUACGGAGGUGUGAUGGCGUUAACAGGGGCCACGACUCUCUUCAUGCAGUUCAUCGGGCUCUACUCUCUCAUCAUGGGACUCAAGGUCGUGUUAGCUCUUCUCUAUCUGAGGUACAAGAAACCCGAACUAUCUCGCCCAUAUAAGGUUCCAAUUUUGUUCCCGUUGCUCCAAGUGGUUGUCUGUGUGGGUCUCAUGUUCCUGAUCUUGGUCCAGGAGCCGGUGUCCAUGUUCGGAGGUUUGCUCAUCUACCUAGCAGGUUUUCCUAUCUACUGGGUCUGUGUGACAUGGAAAAACAAACCCAAGUCUUUUGGAAAAGCCAUAGGUAAAAUUACAUCAGUAAUCCAGAAGCUGUUUGUACAGGUACCUGGCUAGAUGCUGCUAUGGGACGUAAAAAUGUUCAGCAAGUCUUUCUCAACCUGACUACUUGUUGUCAUGACUAUCAUCACUUUGUGCCUCUGAAAGUCUUGGUAAAUCUUCUUUCAUUUAACUUCUUUUGGGGUGUCUGUUCCUCUGUAUCUUUUAGGUAUUCUGUGGGUGGAGGCCCGAAGGUCAGGCUGUUUGGGGUGCUGUCUCUAGGAAAUUUAUUGAACUCCGGCUAUGUGGGUCUAGAUUGAUGUGCAAUUAUAGACUAUUGAUGGUAUAAGGCGCAAGGCAGCCAUGUAGAUGAAAGUUAAUUUUUCAGAACGAGCCAAUUCUCUGUACAUGGAGAAAAAACUGAAAGCAGGUAUAUAUUGUGUGUAUAUUAUAGGGAUAAAAAGUGUUUUCUUACUCUGGGUUUUGUUUCCCCUUAUCCAGAAUCUAAUUUAAUUAAAAAACGAAGGUGCUAAAAAAGAAACACAGUCAAACAUUCACAUAGUUGAGUCAGUGGGAAGCAGAAAUAUUUUCUAUACCUACAAAUUUAUUUCAUAUACGUGUUUGAAAUACAAAGAAUAUAUAGGCUACAUGUUCAACAAAAAACUGGGGACAUGAAAAGCUGUUUUCUAUGUGCUGGUUCGCUAUGUGCUUACUAGACUGUAAAUGGGAAUCUCAGGAUUGGCUGGUUUGUGCUGAGCACUAUCGAUGUGCUAAUUGCGCCUUUGUAAAAAUCUUUUAUUAAUCUCAUUUUGUACUCUGAUAUGCCUUUAGACAUGAUAGAGGUAUUAAGAAGAACAACUGUUUGUAUUUCAGUUUUGGCUGUACUUUAAAAAAGAAUUCCUUUUUUGACCAAAACGAAUAAGAUAUUCGAAAAAAAAUUUCUGGGGGGUCCUGGACCUACUUUACAAUUAAAUAGCUACUUUGAAAAGUCAUACUUUGUUUUGUCGUUGAACUUGAAAACUGGUGACUCAUUUCUACAGGGUUCUUAUUUUGUCAUAUCAGUAUGUUGUUUGUCAUAAAACUUUUAUUGUUUUACAACGAUACAAUAAAACUUCUUCUGUUAUGAAUUGGCUGUUACUCCAAGGGUGUAAUAUGAACCCUGGUAUUUUGAUUUUUGGAAGGGAGUGGGAGUAUGGAAUUCUAUACUGAAACUUUAUGUUUGUUCGUUCAAGUUAUAGAAUGACAUGUGACUUUACACACUUCAAAAUGAUACUGUCGUUCUAAAUCGUGAGUGUCAGUUUAUUUUAGCCUUGUAAACCCCAUUUUGUCUGCAAACACUAUAGGUUUCUGUAGGACAUGUUUGCUGAAGGACUCCUUGAUGAAUAAAUUUUAGUAGAAUUCCUACCAAA